UUUUUUUUUUUAAAAUACUAUAUAAUUUCUUCAAAAGUCAAAAUAUUUGUGACACAUAAAAAAUAAAAUUUAUUUAUCUGUGACAAGCUUGAAACUUGAAAGUUGAUUAAAACCCCACUCCACAUUCCACUUUCACAUUCCAUAUUUCUUCUUCAACUCACCACUUUCCACAUUCUCUGGUUACUUUCUUCUCGUGUACCACUAUGGUGCACCAGCAACACAUGCAUGAAGAAACUAGAAGAAACACUUCAAAGGAACAAAACCAUAAACGAAGCAAGUUUUUCAUAAACGACAACAUUGACAUUCUACGAGAAAUCCUCAAACGCCUCGACGGUCCCUCACUCGGUGUCGCAUCCUGCGUAUGUCGUCUAUGGUGUAACCUAACAACCAAAGACGAUUCCAUCUGGGAGCAUCUCUGCUUUCGCCACGUGUCCACUCCACCUCCGGCGACCAUUCGGCCUGUCGUGGUGGCGCUCGGCGGUUACAAGAGGCUUUACAUGGUUUGCGUUAGGCCGGUGCUGAGUCGACUCGGUGAGUCGGAGCGAGUUAAGAAACGAGUUUGGACUCGGCAUGAGGUUCAGCUUUCGCUUUCUUUGUUUUGUAUUGAUAGUUACGAGAGACUUGCUGCUGAGGGAAUGAUUGCCAGUGACGCGUCUGCAUCGUCGCUCAUGUUCCUCUGUAACCCUAUCAACGUCUGAUUCUUAUUUAUUUAUUAUUUAUUAUUUAUUAUAUUAUUCACCUUUUGCAUUUUUUAAUGCUUAAUCUUUUUGCCCCUUUUUUUUCUCGUCGUUCUAUAAAUGGUUUUAGUUUAUUUAUUUUAUAUAUGGAAAUAAGAAGCACUUGAUGAGUCUAUUUCUUUGGUCUAUCAUAAUCAAUUCUUCAUUAUAUAUUAAAUUCAAAUAUUAGCAAUUUGUUUGUUUGUUUA